AACUGUUUAAUUGCGUAUUUGUCGAGAAUUUACAUGAAAACGACAUAAAUGAUACCCCAGGUCUGGAUUUAAAGUUAUUGCUGUGGUGGCUUGGCAUCAAUGCGCUACCGCGGGGGUGGAGCGCGCACUGUGCUAUAUGAGUGCGCGCGCUGACACACUGCAGCCGUCUUUAGAGAGCUCUACCAUCAACUUCACUACACUGAAUACAACAUAUGGUACAAUUACAAUAUUUGGAGCGGCCAUACAACCCGGACGUGCACAGGUACAUCAUCAUGUGUCAAGCGGUGCCCUUUACCAGACCCUGAGCUACACCUUCCAGCCCACACCACAUCAGGACAUGAACAUCUCCGAGUUUCCCACGCUUUCCCCAAAUUCUUCAUUGAGAUAUACGAACAACAGCGAAGAGUCCAGCAAGCACAGAUCGAGUGCAUUGGCUGCAUGUGAUCAGAUGCACAUUGCGCCUGAGGUCUUCCUCACACUGGGUCUCAUCAGCCUGCUUGAGAACAUCCUGGUCAUUCUCGCCAUUGUGAAGAACAAGAACCUCCACUCACCCAUGUACUUCUUCGUCUGCAGCCUGGCUGUAGCUGACAUGUUGGUAAGCGUGUCAAAUGCAUGGGAGACUAUAGUGAUCCACCUGUUGGCUAACAGGAGUUUGGUCAUUGAAGAUCACUUUAUCCGUCAGAUGGAUAAUGUGUUCGACUCGCUUAUCUGCAUCUCUGUGGUGGCAUCCAUGUGGGGCCUGUUAGCGAUCGCCGUGGAUCGUUAUGUGACCAUCUUCUACGCCCUACGCUACCAUAACAUAAUGACAGUACGUCGAGCGGGAAUUAUCAUCAGCUCCAUCUGGACUUUUUCCACGGGUUGUGGAAUCAUCUUCAUCAUCUACUCCGACACAAAGCCUGUGGUGGUGUGCCUGGUAGCUAUGUUUUUUGCCAUGCUUCUCCUGAUGGCUUCUCUCUACAGUCACAUGUUCCUACUGGCGCGCUCGCACGUCAAACGCAUGGCGGCACUGCCAGGUUACAAUGCCAACAUCAGGCAGAGAGCUAGCAUGAAGGGUGCUGUUACCCUUACCAUACUGCUGGGCAUCUUCAUUGUGUGCUGGGCGCCGUUUUUUCUUCACCUCAUCCUUAUGAUCUCCUGCCCACAGAACGUUUACUGUGUCUGCUUUAUGUCUCACUUUAACAUGUAUCUGAUACUCAUCAUGUGCAACUCAGUGAUCGACCCGCUGAUCUAUGCGUUUAGGAGCCAGGAGAUGAGAAAGACCUUUAAAGAGAUCAUUUUGUGUGACGGACUGCGUAGUUUCUGUCGCCUGUUCAGCAAAUAUUGAAUCAAGUUUCUUGAAGGAACCGGACGGUAUGGACUGAUGGAUGAAUGUGUGUUUAGAUGGAUUGAUCUGUGCAUAUAUGCGGUUGCAGAUGAGGUAGGGUGGAUGGUUAAGCACAUGCAUGAGCCAUUUUUGUUUUACUUUUUGUGUUAAGUUUUGUGUUGUUAAAUAGGAAAUUGAAAUGGUUCAGAAUUGUGUAAUUUUGUGUAUUUAUACUAGAAAUUAAAUAUAUAGUGCCCUUCAUAUUUAUUGGAACAGUAAGGACAAAAUUGCUGUUGGGAAAAAAAUUGUAAGAUGAAUAUAAGGCAAAAAAACAAAAUGUUACAUUUUAUUAACAUUUGUUUGUUUCAAUUGUAUUAUACCAAACACACAAAAUAAUGUUGUUUUUAGCAAUGAAAUAGGUGGUCUUUAAUGCAUCAGGACACAGUUUAUCACUUAAAGGGAUAGUUCACCCCAAAAGAAACAUUCUGUCAUCAUUUUCUCCCUCUCAUGUUGUUACAAAACCCGUAUAAAUUUCUUUGUUCUGAUGAACACGAGUUAAGAUAUUUCAGGAAUGUUUGUAACCAAACCAAAUGUUUGUAAGACCCCAUUCACUUCCAUUGUAGGAAGAAAGAAUACGGUUUAGUUGCAAACAUUACUCAAAAUAUCUUCCCUCAUGUUUAUCAGAACAUUUAUACAAGUUUGUAACAACAUAAGAAUUUUCAUUUUUGGGUAAACUAUCCCUUUAACACUUGUGAGCCAUUUUCUCAAUAUGCUCACAUAGAUAGACAUAUUAAAAUCCUAUAUAAAUCUGAUAUAAAAAAAUUUCUUCUGUUGAGUUGAUAAAUUGUAUAUGUUAUAACAGGUAAUAAAUAUUCUGUACUUUUGUCUCAUAUUCAUCUUUUAAUGUUAAGACAUUUUCCAAUAGCAAUAUUAAAUAUUCAUAUGUAAGGUGAACACAUGUACAUGUUAUUGAAAAUAAAAAUAAUCAUAGGUAAACUGAAAAUAAAUAUUCAUAUGUAAAGUGGAAAUCUGUUAGAUUUUUUUUUCUUUUAUUAACAUAAAAUCUUUGGACACAAAGGUCAGUAAGGCAUACUGUUAUCAUGUGUAGACAAUCUAAACAUAAUAAAUACAAGUUGGUUUUACUAGCAGACCAUAAACCAUAAAAAUAACCAUAAAAUAUAAUUUGUGAGAUCUAUAGGUUAUUUAGAUACAUACCAUACCAUAACAGGUUUGAAAUGUUUGAAACCUCUACAUAUGCUAAAAAUGUAUAGAAGAAUUAGAAAGUAAUUUCUUGUAUAUUGAGUGAUUUAAGUGUAAAUUAGUUGUUUUAUAAUUAUAUAGAAAACUAACUUAUGGUGUCACAAUACAUCUUAAAUAAAACAUCUAGUCAGGUAGAAAAAUAUUAAAUGGUUUUAUUCACAUCAAAGUAUUAUUUAAUAUGACUGAAUCAACCUGACAUAAUCAGGUAAGACCAACAGUCAUUUUUAAAGAUUGUAAGUUUUACAGUGCAAGUUAAAAAAUCAUGCAAAAAAUACAAGAAAAAAAAUUAAGUACAUUUCCAAAAUUCUAAAUAUUUGUGUAAAAUUGUGUGUUAUUUAAAUGUCAAGUGUAUAAAAGUAUGCAUGUAGAUGCCUGAUGUAUUUUUCUUUUCAUUGCAAAAGUACAAACUGCUGGUGAUUUUUUACAAACUUUGUGUCGUUUACAAAUAUUUAUAAUGAUAUCUGUGAAAGACUGUACUGCAGAAAAGUUUUU